CGCAGAGAGUGGGAAGCAUGAACGAACAGGAUCUAGGGAAGGAGGCGGAACUUAAACGAGCUCAACAGCUCAGCUAUACUUUAGACCAUAUACAAAUGCCGUUAAUAUCUCAAUCGACAAUUUUCUGUUAGGCUACUACGAGAGAUAAUUGAGUGCGCGCGAUUACGGUAGAGUUUAUAUAGAGAAGAGACCUAGGAGUCAAGAAACAGAAGAGGAAAGUAUCGAGAUAAAGUAGAUGUAUGUGUAAAAUGUCUCAUUAAUCGCGGAAUUCAUUCGAAACAGCGUGGCACUCGACUCAACUGGUACAGUAUCUGAGGGAGCAGACUGAGAGGACCACACCCAGUGUACACAUACCACACGAGCCAAACAGACUUCUGGGAUAACUGCUGCUUAGAGUUAUGGAGCCGGCCCAAUCAGAGAUGAGCAUCUUGGGAUGCUCGCCCAAUGGGAAAGGUCACAACCUAGGAGAUGACAAGUAUGUGCCUAUGAAGACCAUGCCAGAGGAAUUAGACACAAAUGGUACUCAAAAUGCCAGGUUUGAUGAUCCUGAUGGCAUCCUGGAGAGUGAGGAGUUUUUGCCCAACGGAGAUGGGAAGAAGCCCAUGCACUUCACAGAUUUUGAGGGAAAGACGUCUUUCGGCAUGUCUGUGUUCAACCUGGGGAAUGCUAUCAUGGGCAGUGGAAUCCUGGGACUGGCCUAUGCCAUGGCCAACACUGGCAUCCUCCUCUUCCUGUUUCUGCUGACUGUUGUGGCGGUCCUCUCCUGCUAUUCCAUUCACCUGCUGCUCAAAUCCUCUGGCAUUGUGGGAAUCCGAGCCUAUGAACAGCUUGGCUACAGGGCCUUUGGCACCCCAGGCAAGAUGGCCGCCGGUAUCGCCAUCACACUGCAGAACAUCGGAGCCAUGUCCAGCUACCUGUACAUCGUCAAGUCUGAGUUCCCAUUGGUCAUCCAGGCCUUCAGUAGAGCGGACCCCAACGCUGAUUUAUGGUACUUGAAUGGGAACUACUUGGUGGUCAUGGUCUCUAUUGGCAUCAUCUUACCAUUGGCCCUGAUGAAGCAGCUCGGCUACCUGGGCUACACCAGUGGUUUCUCCCUUAGCUGCAUGGUCUUCUUCCUCAGUGCGGUGAUCUACAAGAAGUUUCAGAUCCCCUGUCCCUUCGAGGAGUUCUCGGCAGCCAAUCACACAGUGUCUCACCUCGACAUUCACCUAAACAUCACUGACAACCAUGCUACCCAUGAUAAUGGUCUGGUACAUGAGAUGGAUGACUCCCACUGCGGUGCCCGUAUGUUCACCAUGAACUCUCAGACAGCGUACACCAUCCCCAUCCUGGCCUUUGCCUUUGUGUGUCAUCCUGAGGUUCUGCCUAUCUACACUGAGCUCCGCAACCCUACUCAGAGGAGGAUGCAGCACGUCUCCAACCUCUCGAUCCUUGUGAUGUACACCAUGUACUUCCUGGCUGCUCUCUUCGGCUACCUGACCUUUUAUGGUAAGACCGAGACAGAGCUGCUGCACACAUACAGCAGGAUCGACCCUUAUGACACGCUGAUCCUGUGCGUGCGAUUGGCUGUCCUCACCGCUGUCACACUGACCGUCCCCAUUGUGCUCUUCCCAGUGCGGAGGGCUCUGAAUCAGAUGUUCUUCGCCAGUAAGUCGUUUAAUUGGCUUCGUCACGUGGCCAUCGCCGUCACCCUACUCUCCUUCAUCAACAUGUUGGUCAUCUUCGCCCCCAACAUCCUGGGAAUCUUCGGCAUUAUCGGUGCCACAUCUGCCCCCUGUCUGAUCUUCAUCUUCCCUGCUAUCUUCUACAUCCGCAUUGUGCCUAAGGAGCAGGAACCCAUGCACUCCAUCCCCAAGAUACUGGCCGCAUGUUUCGCUGGUCUGGGGGUCGCCUUCAUGAUCAUGAGUUUGAGCUUCAUCAUCAUUGAUUGGACAACAGGGAGCAGCAACUCUGGCGGUGGCCACUAGAGGCCGCCCUCUGCACUGUGCAGGCCAGGGUCGGCAAGGGGCUGGCAGGGGCUUUGAAGGGAAUCCUAGGAGUGUGUGUUUUAGAACUGUUUCAUAUAAUUGAUGCACUAUCCCCUCUGUGGUAGAGCAAGGGUUAGAGGUUAAGGGACAAAGUAGUACAGACAAAACAGUCUGUACUACUGUAACGCAGUAUGUAGCCCUGCACAGAGGAGUGCUUUAUAUGAAUCAUCAGCACUAGACAUGGUAUUUUUUAAAUCAUGAUAAUGUGUAUUAUUUAUGAGUGGGAUAGUGCAUCCAAGUCAAAACAUAAUGGAAAAUCCUGAAGAAACUCAUGAUGGCUUCCCUUCCCCCCUCCCUUCAUCCAUCCUCCCAUCCUUAUUUAUCUCUUUUCCAUCCGCCUGUUUCUUUCCCUCCGACGCCUUAAUUCAUGUCAACUGCAGCUAGUACUGUACAGAAGAAGCACAGAUGGAGGUUUGGUUGAAUCGCUAUGUAAAGGAAGGAAAGGAAAGCACAUGACUAUACAUUAUAUGUCAUUUGGCAUCUUUGUAUGAGAUAAUCUGACAUUUUGUCAAUAGAAGAAAUAGCUACAUCUAUAGAUUAGGUGAGUGCUGUAAAAAAAAAAGUCUGCGGCUGUCUUGUAUCCUGUCUAUCACUUUGUGCCAGUAGCACUCAACUUAACCAUCAAAGGGUAGUAGGCUUUUCCAAAUAUUCUAUUGGCACUAGCACACAAAGAUACCGUAUAUUUUCUCACAAGAGUGCAUUUAGCCUGAGCUGUUUAAUGUGCCAAAGCUAAGGCUGAACGUGGUUUGUGGUUGUCGGGCUUAGUGCAGGCUGAUGUCCCAUGAUGCAUUAUGGUGUUCAACUCUUGCUGUAUCCCUGGUACAUACAGUACACUCAGAUAAUGUGGCGUUCAACCAACCACACACAUAGCCUUUUCGUUGAAUCAGUAAUGUAUAUUUAUUUAACUAGCUAUAUCCAUGUUUUUUAAUUUCACAAGUGAGCUAAUAGACCUCAGAACAAAGUAUUUAACUAUAUGAUCAGGUAUCUUGAUAGACCUUAUAGAUGGUAUGCGCAGUCUAUAGUCGAUGAUUUUGCAUAUUGGAGGGUUUAGGUGACAGUCGAAUGUGUAGGAGGUGAGCUAUAGGGCACUGAGCUGAUUAAGAAAAAAAACAUAUAGAGCCUUUUACAUUCAUGUUAGUUAGAUGAUCAACUGACAUCCUAGAUACAGAAUUGACAGAUUUUUAUGAUCAAUUGUGUUUUAAUUUAAGAUCAACAACUUAAACUUGCCUUUUUAACACUAAUAGCACAUAUUUCACUCGUACUUAUAUUUCUACAAUUAAUUUGUAACCCUCGUUUUAAAUUCAGUACAGUUCAAGUGAACCCUUUCAGUUAUUACGAAUGGUUAAGCUUACUGUUUUUGGCAUGACAAAAUAUGGAGGAAACGUGUUUUAGUUAUGCGUUGGUUGUGACAUACUGUCCGUCCAUGUUGUUGAACUACUCUUUAUUGUAUUUUAAUAUCUCUUUUCCACUUGUUUUGUGAUUGAUCUUGUGGUUGAAGUUUUAGUGAAGGAAAGCUGAUGUGUCACCUGUCCAGUCUGUCUGGUGAUUGGCUGAUUCAUUCAUGAAUUUACCAUAACUACUGUGAUAUUCAAUCCAUAAUAUGUUGAUGUUUGGGCUCUAUUUCCAAAAACGUAUCUGGUCUCUAACAGUGAGGUCUUGUGAUCGAGUACAGUUUGACAAUUAAGUGAAUUGUGAUUGUUAGAUUUUGUCUGAUUCGACAGCCCAAUGCCCCUUCUUAAUGCUUCUCAAUUGUGUAGUGGAACAUUAAACACUGUGACAUCAUAUCUCUCAAAAAACCUAAAUAGCAUUGUUACAUUGUUACUAAUAUAUUUUGGCAAGUAACAUUGUUACUAAUAUAUUUUGUCAAGUCCUACGUAUGUAUGUAAGACAAUUGUACCUUUUUAUUUUUAUUUUAUUCUAAAACACUGCAGCCGGUGUUGCUUUCUCUUUUGUACAUGAAUUGAUUUGAAUUUAUAAUCAAGAGAAUGUUGAGCUGUUUCUUUUACUCAUCAACAGCUAAAAGGUUAUUGCAUGUAUCUGACUCAACCCUAUAUUUCUCCUGGUCUUGCUGAGGCAGUGGUUGUGGUAAAAAGGAAUGCCUGGUUAAGACCAGUCAAGGAGGCAACAGUUUGCCAUAGACUGGGAUUAGGCCUCUUCUGUCUGGGAUUGUGUCUACAUAUCUAGCUACUACCUAACUGUUUCUCUCUGAGAGGCCUUGCUCUUCAAUAUUCGAGCUUUGCUACCACUAUUAUAAUGUCAGAGGCAACAUUCUCAACAUUUUGCCUCUUUCUCUUGUACCCAAACCAAACUAUGCCAGCUGGUUAACCUGUUGUUAUAGCUCUUGUUUUACCUUUGCAAUUUAUUUCUAAGGAAAUUAAAGGACUAUGAGUGAAUAACAAGUUACAUAUGAAUUUUGGGCUUAUAAAGUGGCUUAUAUAAAUAAUGUAUAUAAAUGUAAACCCUUUAUAUUCUUGAUGCAUAUCUAGCUUGUAUAGUGUAAAUAGCUGGGACAGUUUUAGUCUGACAAUUAAAAAACAAAUAUAGAAGUUUUUACACCUGUGU